AUGAAGGACAUCCAAUCCUUCCUCCAAGGGCUCGCUAUAGAAGGAGCGGAGAAGCUGAGAGUAAUAGACCCCCUGAAGAGAGAUGAAAACAACCGAGGCGCGUUUGCGAAACCCCACGUCCUGCUUCUUCAGUACGGCUCUAACGAGCUCCGGGCCUUCAUUCUAUGGUUCCAAACCUUCGCGUUCCAAAUCGAAGGAAGGAAGAUAGCUUUCUCAGCCAUCCGCUUUGACGUAGACGUCCGCCCCUGGUUCAUCACGGACAUCACGGGCCAGUUCGUUGAAGAUGACCCCCACAUGAUGAACACGGCACUCGCAGCCAUCAAACGAACCCUCUAUAAGAAUACAGAAUUUCGCAACCACGUCGACGGAUGCCUCGCGAAGACCGAGAAGCCGAGAUCAAUCAACGACAGAGUACGGGAUGCUCUGAGCACCUUCGAGUUAUGGAGUAUGAACGUAACGAACAAAGCAAAGCGAGAACAAGUAGUCUGGCAACUCUUCGCAAAGCCAAUCGCGGGUGACGGGCUGGAAUAUACGGAGUGGCUGCACAUCAUCAAAGGACAACACUAUUUCAUCGACACCGCCCUCGAGAUCAAACUCGCGAAAAUGAAGAGCGCCAAACCUUACGACUCAUGUGCAUUCUGCAAGUGCGAAACCCACGCCAGCGAAGACUGCCCCUACCCGAAGGUCGAAGACUGGAAGGGCCCGAUCCCGAAAGAAGUCAUGGCGGCGCGUGAGACCGAAAAGAAUGAAGCCAAUACGAGAGGAGCAACCAGAGGUAGAGGCGCCAGAGGCAGAGGAAAUCGUGGGGGUUUCAGAGGAGCCAGAGGAAACAGGGCGAAUACACGCCGAGGCCGCCCCUACUAG